AUGGAGAAGCUGUUCCAUGAUACCUUUGUUGAGGAGAGAAACAGAGUUUGGCUUGCGACACACCAUUUGGACAGUGAGGUUUACCGUUGGUGGAUCGACAUCCGUGAUGAUCCUCGUACUGAUUGGGCUGCGAUUACGUGGAAAAGGUUUAAGGAGUUGCUGUUAACAACAUAUUUUCCACAGAGUGUGAAGAGACAGAUGGAGAAGGAUCUCCGUGGUUUGCGACAGGGGAACAGGACUGUUGCUGAGUAUGAGCGGGAGUUUUCUCGGCUUUUGCGCUGUGUACCGUUUGUAGUCAGAGACAACGAGAAUAAGGCCCGUAUCUUUGAGAUAGGUCUUCUACCAUCGAUCUUCAGGUUGGUGCAGGCGUCGAAUUUGCCUACUUAUCGGGAAGUGGUGAAUCGUGCAUUGAUUGUGGAGAAAGGCGCAGAAAUCUCGAAAGAGGAAAGGGAAGCGUUUGAUAGGGGAAAGAAAAACGACAAGCGGCUGAGGGUAGCAGUCAGACAUAUCUACGAGGCCGUCGAAGCAUCCGAGGAGCUAGUCUAG